CCUCUGUUCCUGUCACGCCAGAUCGCUCCCCGCUUGUGUCAGCGCAUGCAACCUCGACCUCGCUUUCUCGGCCACGCCAUCUCUCUCUCUCUCCCUCUCACCUAUCUCUUCAACUCCACAUCCAUCAUCAAUCCUUAGCUUUGCACUCUCGCACAGAUGAACGGGCUCAACGGUCAGAACGGUGCUCCUCCUUCGCAAUGGACUCCCAACGGUCCUAAUGGCCAGGGCCAGUGGAAUCAGCAAUGGAACGCCUCUCCGAAUCCGCAACAUCCUCACGGCGUCUAUCCACCUCCUACUUCGCAGUCCGCACAGCCCUAUCCAGCAGCUCCCACAAAUGGCCCAUAUCCACCAGCUCAUGCGUAUCCACCGCCCGCGAAUGGAUCUUAUCCUCCACCGACGUCGCAGCCUCCAAGUGUUCCAUAUGCUCACCAGCCUCAUCUUCCGCAUCUCCCUCCAGUUGAGCCUCGCGCAGAGUAUGGAAGAUAUCCCUAUGCAAACGACAUGUAUCGAGGCCCACCUCCGCCUCACAUGCAACAAUAUCAGCAAGCUCAGCCUGCUCCUCGUCAGAGAACUGCCAUAGCUUGCCGUUACUGCAGAAGGCGCAAGAUUCGCUGCUCUGGUUUCGAGUCUUCCGAGGACGGCCGUUGCACCAAUUGCGUUAGAUUCUCACAAGAAUGCAUCUUCACCCCCGUGUCUGCACAGGCUCAGGCCUUCGUACCCGCUCAUACCGUUGGUCGAUGGGCAAGUGGCCAUCCACAGCCUGCUUUGUACGGAGCUUACGGGCAGCCUUUGCCUCAGAGCCAUGUACCUCAACCACCUGGCCCAGGUCAGCAUGGUCAACCUGGCUAUCCACUGCCCAGCCCAACAGGUCCGUAUCCCACCCCCGGUGCGUCUUAUAAUCCUGUCGGUGGUGUCUACGAUGAGAGGGCUUCCCAAGAUGCCAACAGCAGGAAGAGGCCGCAUCAGGAGCCUCACACUCCUACGCUGCCUCCGCCCAAUCCUUCUGUUGCUGCGUCUCGGGGCUAUGCUGAUCAUCGGGCGGCGCAACCGUCGAAGAGUAAUGAUCAUCAUACCUAUCCUGAACCAACGAAUCUAACUGCAAGCGCUGUGUCUCCAGCCUCCUCGCAAAGUUCGUACCAGCCUGGUGGACCACCGUCUCAGCAGCCCUAUUACGCCAAUAACCCGUCUGGGCAACAGCCACCACCACCACCACCCCCACAGCGGCGCCUCUCCCCACAGAGUAAUUACUCGUACGAUGCGAAUCGCACCUCGUCGAGCCCGCACGCGAGUGCCGCCCCCAGUACUCCCAGCACCACUUCUUACCCAUACUCAAACGGCACCGCGCCUCCUCAAGCUGGUCGCACCCCGCCACCAACUUCGCAAUCCGGUGGAAGCCGCAUGCGGAUCGACGACCUAGUCAGCAGCGAUAGCAAGGACGGUGAAACGCGUAGCACCGCGGACAGAAGCAUGCUGGACGCUCUCAAUCGCCGUCCCAUGUAAACCUUACCACCUUUGUCAAAUCAAUCGUCGCAGAUGACGGUCAGAUGACCCGACGCCUGUCUGAAGCUGGUCUAAAGGCAUGGCACCAUGACAUUAUUUGUCAUUUUCUUCUGCACGGGGGUCUUACAAACUACAAGUCUAGAAUGAAUACGAGGAAAAUCACAUCAACAAAAACUAUAAAAAAACAACAACAUAUCUUCAGCAUGAGCUGGUAGGGUCGAACAGGCAUAUCAGCCUAGAAACACCUGGACCAGCUCAUGAAUAUUGCGAACAUUCUCCUUAAUU